CGUUUGGGAGGGGCUUGUGGUCAGAUAAAAGCGGGGCAUUACGAAUUCUCGCUCAUUUCUGAGACGUAUCGCUGACAUAAACAUGGAACGUUCAACGAUAUUACUUGCCUGUUUCAUCAUCGGUGUUUCACACGGAUACCGACAUUACCAAGACGACCUACCCAACGGCGACGCUGUGCCUCAUCCCUGCAAGACCAACUUCUUAUGGCGGGGGGUGGGACACAAGAAUCCCCAGGGUGGGGGAGACAGAAAUCCAUUUGGUCUCGAUUUCCAGCAGGUGAAACAGUGGACAAAGGAGCUGUGCCAGAAAGACUCUGAUGGGGAUGGGAUGACCAAUGGUCAGGAGUUAGGAGAUCCAGACUGUGUGUGGCAUCCAGGCAAUUUCCCCUCGAGGAUCAAGAACAUCACCCACCCAGGUAUUUGUGACCCCUGGGGAAGUCCUCAGUGCACGGCCAAGAACGACUGGGUGUCUUGUACAGCCGGCGAGUUUAUAUGCAACGCCACAAAAGAACCUGAUGUGAAGAGCUUCACUCUGAGAUAUCCUCCCACGAGGGUGCCUCCGACGGAGACCAACUACUACUGCAUGCCCUUCGACGUCAGCGACUACAUCGACAUGUCAAAGGACUACCACAUGAUUGCAACUAAGCCAGAAAUCAACAACUCCAACGUCAUGCACCACAUCGUCCUCUACGGAUGCAGCGACGACGCUCCGAUGUCUGACCACGCCACGCCGUGUUAUAUGUCCCAGAAAGGAUGCUCCGAGGUUCUUGGUCUGUGGACCCUUGGUCUUGAUGGAACAUGCGAAUAUAAAGAUGCUGGAUAUCGCAUAGGUCGCACUGGCUCAAAGAAGAUGGUCAUGCAGUUCCAUUGGACCAACCCCGAGUUGAGGAGUGACUAUGUUGACAGUUCUGGUCUCACCUUAUAUUACACUCCGAAACUAAGAAAGUACGAUGCCGGGUUCCUGUUUACUGGCCAAGUAUAUCUGGAGAUUCCCCCAGGUGUCAAGCGGUCGACCUUUGAGUCCACCUGCACAGAAGAGUGCACCAACAAACUGAUGACGGGGAAUAUCUACAUUACAUCGGGUCUCAGUCAUAUGCAUUAUCUAGGGUUCAACGAGCAGGUUGAGUUGUUCCGUAAUGGCCAGAGCAUGAGGAAAGUUAUCGAUGAUCCCACUUACUCCUAUGACAACCCUCAGCUGAAAGUGUACUCCAACCCCAUUGAGAUGAGGCAGGGUGACAGUUUGAAGACCACGUGCGUGUACAGAUCUGUGUCCAAAACCCGCACAACCAUGUACGGAGAAGGAUCCUACGAUGAGAUGUGUUACGGCCUCUUCUCCUACUUCCCCAAACAAAACAUGAGCGGAAGUUGCACAACAUGGAAGAACUUCGACCUCUGUCAAUUCGAAAACGAGGACCACAUAAUCAACGGCUGUGACAUUCCCAUGUUCGAGAACCUGACAAGUCCUGAAAUGCGUGCCAUCGUGAAUGAGGUGAUGGACAGUUGCAACCACUACGGCUCCUGCAGACCGGAAUGUCCAGCUGUUCUUGACCGACUCAACAAACAUCCUUGUCUGCAAGGUGAACUCGGGGAGCUCCUCCUUUACGGCUUCGCUGGAGGACACGAUUCCGAGAAGAUUAAGUUUGCGCAUGCGCUGAGGUCAUGUGACAAGGCGGAAGAACCAGUGUAUGGCUAUUUUCCUAUAUCAGCUGCCUCUGCAGCGUCUUCCGUCGUCUCUGGCAUAGUCGUAGCAGUCAUAACUGCUUUAGGUCUAUAGGUCCGCCGGGCGGAAAGAUAGGAAUUUGAUUAAAUGCCUCCUAACUUUGACAUAUUUCUGUUACUCGUAGUGAUGAAUUAUUUACAUUGCAUAUUGAAUAAAGGCUGAUUUUUUAAAUA